CUUCCUGGAUUGCUGCAGUAGCUCUUGACAAAGACCAAGUUUCUAUAGAAGCAUUUUCAAUGAUCAAAAUCAGCAACUUUUGGGCCCUGUUGUGUUUCGGUCUGGUAGUAUUUUGUCCUUCCAAAGAAGAAGAUUUUCAGUGCGGUGAUGGCUCUUUGGUUUCAUCAAAAGGUGUGUGUGGUUUCACCAACCAAUCCAAGGAUGGCAGUGAUGAAUUUCAGGACACCUGCCAUUUUAAGAUUCAUGUAUGCAGUUGGACUUCUGGUGACUCAUCAGAGAGGCUUACGAAAGAAUCAUAUGAUCUUGGUUUAAACUUGGUUCAUCUGAAAGAUGGAAGCAAUGACACUAAUGGUCAAUAUAAAUGGAUUAAAGCCAACGAUAGCACAGUACACAUAAACAUACACCUGAAUGGCUCCAUGUGUCGUUGCUUUGGUAAAAACUGCCAUUUUUGGUUUCAUUAUUUGCUGGAAGAGAGCGGCGUUCUCAAAGCAGUACUUUAUUCUACUAAGGCUGAACCAUUGCUGCUAUGGAAAGCCAAUGCAUCAACUAACAACGAAUGGGUGAAAACAGAAAUACAAUUUCCGGCAGGGAUUGAAAAAGGAAAGCUUCUGUUGGAAGGAACAACUCAAAGCAAGAUGAGCUCUGUCUGUCUGGAUAGCUUCCAUUUUAUGGAUGAGAAGAUACCUGAUAUGCCUGUGGCUUGUUCUCCCGGAGAAUUCACCUGUUCCAAUGGCCAGUGCAUUAAUAGUAGCUUGGCCUGUGAUUACCAGUUGGACUGCUUGGAUGGAAGUGAUGAGAAUCCAGCAGCUUGCGUAAAUUACACAGUGUGUGACUUUGACUCAGAGCAGCUAUGUGAAUGGACGACAUUAAGCAACAAGGAUAUACUUUGGGCCAUGAUGAAAGGACAAAACUCCAGGGAUCUUGAUCUUCCUACAAGAGAUCACACAACUAAUAGUGAUAAGGGAAAAUUUAUUUAUGUGACAGGCUCACCAACACACACAAAGCCUGCCCUUUCUCAUCUCUGCAGUCCAAUCUUUACAGAAUUAUCUACUGAUACUGCACGUUGUCAGGUGAGAUUUUGGUAUCAGCUGUCUCAGGAUUCCCAGCUGACUGUUUUCAUUAGAACUCCUGGUAAUGUAGAAACUUUACUUGACCCAAAUUUUUUCAAGAGGAAGAUGCAAUGGACAAAGGCAAUUGUAUAUAUAAAAAACACCACUGGAGAAAUGGCAGGACCUUUUCAGAUCAUUCUGCAAGCUACAGUUCGAUCAGCAAAAGCUGUUGUUGCUAUAGAUGACAUCAGCAUAACAAAAGCCUGUGAGGCUACGAAUAAUUCACUUUCAAAUAUCUACAUGGAAGGAGAAACAAAAUUGUCACCCAGUGAUUCUUUAUCGCUUUAUUGCCCACCUGGAUAUUUGCCAUGUGACAAUGGAGUCUGUGUUUCAUUGGACAAUUUUUGUGAUUUCACACCUGAUUGCCCAGAUGGCAGCGAUGAAGCCAUGUGCCCUUCUACGUGUGACUUUGAAACUGACAGCUGUGGCUGGCAGGAAACAGUCAGUGCUGAUGCAUUUAACUGGGUACGGAGCUCCAGAAGUGGCUUACCUCUUCAAUUCCAGAAACAAAGUCCACCACAGGAUCAUACCUAUAACAAAUCUGAAGGUCAUUUUAUGUUCAUUCUGAGAAAUAGCAGCAGUAUCUCACAGAUUGCACAGCUGCAAAGCCACAAAUUCAGCCAGGCUGGAUCAGAAUGCACCAUGACUUUCUGGUAUUACAACUAUGGUGAAUCAGUUGGAGCAGCAGAAAUGCAACUGCUUGUUGAUGGACUCAAAGAUCCAACAGUCCUCUGGAGGAUAUACUACAAUCAAGGAGAUCAGUGGCUAAAGGCUUUCAUUCAGCUUGGCCGCCUCCAACAGCCUUUUCAGUUAUCUCUAAAUAAAGUCAGCCUUGGAUUUUAUUAUGGCAUCUCAGCAAUUGAUGAUAUCAGAUUUGAGAACUGUGGAUUGCCACCUCCAGCAUUAAACUGUGAAAGUCCUGAUCGUUUCUGGUGCCAAGACUCUAAAGCUUGCAUAGACAGUUUAUUAGUGUGCGAUCUUGUUGAUAACUGUGGAGAUGGAUCUGAUGAAGACAACUGCAUAGCUGGGCUGCAGUGCAACUUUGAGGUUGGACUCUGCAGUUGGGAACAAGAUAUAGAUGAUGACUUUGACUGGACUAGGAACCAAGGACCAACUCCUACUCUGAACACAGGACCAAUGAAAGAUCAUACUCUGGGAACAGUCAAAGGGCACUACCUGUACAUAGAGUCUUCAGAGCCACAAGAGUUCCAAAACAGAGCUGCUCUACUGAGCCCAGUCUUUAAUUCUACCUUUGCACAGUACAACAAAAGCUGCAUUUUUCGCUUCCAUUAUCAUAUGUUUGGAAAACAUAUUUACAGACUGGCAGUUUUCCAGAGAACAGCGAGCAACACAAGAGGACAUCUGCUGUGGCAAACAUUUGGUAAUCAAGGGAACAGAUGGAUACGGAAAAUCCUUUACAUUAUGAGUUCUGAGCCAUUUCAGAUUUUGGUGGAGGGUACCGUUGGGGAUGGCUUCACUGGAGACAUUGGAAUCGAUGAUUUGUCUUUUAUAGACUGUGCACUUUACUAUGGAAACUUGACAGCUGAUUCCACAACUCCACUGGGAACAUCCAUUCCUGCAACAUUACCUAUGAACAACUGUACAGAAGAGGACUUCAUCUGCCGAGCCACUGGCCAGUGCAUCAAGAAAAUUCAGAGGUGUGAUUUCCGACCUGAUUGUUCGGACAAAUCUGAUGAGACAUUCUGUGCGCCAGAUGUUUGUGACUUUGACAGUGGAAACCUAUGUGAAUGGUAUCAGCCUGCUGCCACGGUGGCAACCAUAUCUUCAGCCCACAUUGCUAAUAUAUUCCAAUGGGGUCUUGGCAAAGGAGCAAACAUUCAUCCAGGAGAAGAGAACCACAGGCCACAGGUUGAUCAUACGACGGCUACUGAGGAAGGCUGGUAUCUCUAUGCUGACAGUUCUAAUGGGGAAUUUAGAGACACAGCUGACCUUAUCACUCCAGUAAUUUCUCUGACUGGGCCCAAGUGCAAGCUGGUAUUUUGGAACUACAUGAAUGGAGCGACAGUAGGUUCAUUGCAGGUGCUCAGCAAAGUUGGAAAUGUGACGUCUGAAAUGUGGGCACAGAGUGGACCCCAGGGUCCAUACUGGAACAGAGCUGAGGUGUUUUUAGGCACCCGCUCUUAUUUUCAGGUUGUCUUCAGGGCCAAACGAGGCAUUAGUUAUGUGGGAGAUGUCGCAGUGGAUGAUGUUUCUUUUGAGGACUGUCCUCCUGUGCUGAUCCCAGUCAAACACUGUACUUCUGAAGAAUUUACUUGCGCCAACAAAUACUGCAUCCCAAAGGAUAAUCUUUGUGAUUUUGUGAAUGACUGUGCAGAUAACUCAGAUGAGAGCCAAAGCAUCUGCAGAACAUCCAUCGGGCGCUGUGAUUUUGAGUUUGAUCUUUGUGACUGGGAGCAAGAUCAGAAUGAUGACUUUGACUGGAAUCUCAGAAUUGGAGGCAUCCCAAGAGCAGGCACUGAACCAAUUGCUGAUCAUACCUUGCAAAGGCCAUCUGGUCAUUACAUCUUCAUAAAGAGCUCUUUCCCUCAAUUGCCAGGGCAAGAAGCCAGAAUUUCUAGUGUGGGAAUAAGUAGAAGAAGCAAAAACUGCAAGCUGGUAUUUUAUUACCACAUGUAUGGAGUCAAUAUGGGAUCGCUAACUGUCUACCAAGUGACAGCAUCAGGUUCCCAAAAAUUGUUAUUUAAUCUGACUGGGGAUCAAGGAAAUUUCUGGAACAGACAAGUUUUAUUGCUAGAGGCAGAUGAAGACUUCCGGGUCACCUUUGAAGGUCAUGUUGGAAAAGGUCACAGGGGAGACAUAGCCCUUGAUGACAUCAUUUUUACAAAGGAAUGUUUACCAUCAUCAAAGUUCUUUUCAGAUGAACCUACAGAAUUACCUUCAACAGGCUCUUGUUCACAGGGCUUCUUGGAAUGCAUAAAUCACAACUGUUACAGACCAGAACAAAGCUGCAAUUUUGUGGAUGACUGCGGGGAUAAUACAGAUGAGAGAGAAUGUGGAACAUCCUGCACUUUUGAAAGUGGCUUCUGUGGUUGGCGGAAUUCUCUAGCUGAUAACUUUGAUUGGGUUCUGGGAACCAGCUCACCUCAGAUUCUGAGACCUCCCAUAGACCACACACUCGGAAAUGGGAAAGGACAAUUCCUGUAUCUUGAAGCAACUCCAGUAGGUGUUAGAGGUGAGAAAGCACAUUUGAAGAGUGCCAAGUGGAAAGAGUCUAGUGUUGCAUGUAUACUGAGUUUCUGGUAUUACACAUCUUCAAAAGCAACGGGACAUAUCCAGGUUCUUAUUAAGGUUGAGCAUGACCUGAUAAAGGUAUGGAGUGAUUCUGGAAAUUAUGGUGGCCAAUGGAAAAGAGCAGAAAUACAACUGGGAAAACUGAGGAAUUUUGAAGUCAUAUUUGAAGGCGUUCGAGCCAAAGAUCUUGGAGGAGGCGCAGCAAUAGAUGACAUCGAAUAUAAGAACUGCAGCACAAUUGGAGAAGAUUCUGGGGUAUGCCCGGCUAUUACUGAUUUUGUGUGUUGGAACAAGAAUUGCAUCGAGUCCCACCAUGUUUGUGACUACAAGGCUGACUGCGUAGACCGGUCAGAUGAAGCUGAUUGCAGUCAAUACACCUCUGUCACAGGAAGCUGUAACUUUGAAAUGCAGGGCCAAGACUGGACAACUGUGUGUCAAUAUACUCAAGAUUCUGGUGAUGAAUUUGAUUGGCAUGUUAGCAAUAGGGCUGUCAUAGAAGGAGGCCCAAGUAAAGGUCACACACCAGGUAAUGGACAUAAUUUUCUUUAUAUCAAUUCAUCUUCUCAACAAGAAGGGGACAGAGCAAGAAUAGUUACCACCACGUAUUUUCCAGCCAGCCUGGGUAUAUGCAGACUACGCUUCUGGUUCUGGCUGUGUAAUUCACCCCAAAUCGGAGUGUUAAAGGUGUAUGUUAUUGAAGAAUUUGGAAUGGAUAUCUUGAUGUGGUCAGCAGCUGGAAAUAAAAGAAAUGCAUGGACAUAUGCCAGUGUGGUUCUUUCCAGUAACUGUCCUUUCCAAGUGGCCUUUGAAGCUGAAGUGGGUGCAAAGGAGCUCCUAGAAUUUGCCAUUGAUGAUAUUUCUUUCACCCCAGAAUGCGUAUUAGGAGGGUCAGUUGCACCACAGCCUCCAACCUGCCACAGUGAUCAGUUCACUUGCAUAUACGUGAAACAGUGUGUGCCUCUCUCUGUGAAAUGUGACCAAAUGGAGGACUGUGCAGAUGGAUCUGAUGAAAUGGCCUGCCCUACUGAGCAACCAACCACAGAGACUCCGAGGUCUUGCAAGGAAACAGAGUUCCAAUGUGCUAACCAGAUGUGUAUCCCAUCACUCCUGAGGUGUGAUGGUGUGACUGACUGCGAACUCAACGAAGAUGAAGCCAAUUGUCCUGUUAAAGACUGCUUCAAUGGGUCUUUGUUGUGUCCAUCAACUAACAGCUGUAUUCCAGUCUCCCAGCGCUGUGAUGGUAUUGUAGACUGCAUUGAUUUCUUCAUGGAUGAAUCUAGCUGUUCAGCUUGUCCAGAGUCAUAUUGUAAAAAUGGAGGCACAUGCAGCAAAGAAACUGCUCCCCUCUGCAGAUGUGGAAAAGAAUGGAGAGGAAACCGUUGCCACAUAAAAGUUAAGCCUCCUUUGACCCCAUCUUCUGGUCUCCUAAAAAAUGAUAUUUGGACUGGGCUGAGCAUUGGAUUAGCCUUGCUGUUGAUUGAAAUUGCAGUCACUGUUUUGUGCAUCCUUUCAAAGAGGAAAUUGCCAAGAAUGAAACCUGAAAAACUCUCGAAUGUUGCCUUUGCCAACCCAUUAUAUGAGGCUCACAGUGUUAAGUCUGCGCAGUAUGCUGGCUCACUGGGAGUUCAGAUCAGUGUUUCUCCAUGGCAGGCACAGCAGGGGCUUUUUCACAGUAAUGACACAAUGGCCACAUCCUUUGCCAAUCCUCUGUAUGGCACAUAUACUGAAAAUGUGGAAAUUUCAAUGAAAACGGACGCAAAAUAGGACAAAUGCUUAAUGCAACUUCAUCUGACAAGAUAUUUUUUCUGUUUCAGAUUUAAAAAAUUAGCAUUGCAUUAGUAACAUGAAUGAAAGUGAAAUGAUUGCCAUAUUAGAAUAAUUAUGUUCUCCAAAUAACACUUCAUUCAAAAUAGCAUCCACCCACAUGGGAAAGUACAGUCUUACAUGAUAUUUAUGUUGGCAACCAACAGUCUUGGUAACUUUACUUUUGAAUUCAUG